GCAUUCAGUCGCAUUAUUAUUUUGCAAGUGUUAUUGAGUUCAAUUCUCGAAUUCGUUAUAGAUACAGAUAGACAUAUAGGAAUUGUGAUACAGCAACAUUUUCAGUAUGUCUCGCGCAUCCAAAGUGACGCUAGCAGCUACAACGCUCGCAACAGCAGGGAUGAUUUACUUUGUCCAUUGGUCACAAGAAGCAGACAGAGCGGCAAUGCACGCCGGUGUCGAACGAGACGAAGAAAGACAACGCAUCAAACGCGAAAGACAAGCUGAUUUUGAAAUGCAACGACGUCUCGAAGAGGAAUAUCGCAAAAUUCAGAAUGUCUCCGAGGGCCAGAAUGAUAAUACUAGUCGUGGAUUGGGGCAUGGGAGUUGACCGAUUUACGACGGAUGCCAUUAAGAUUAUAGAAUUUGCAUUGUAUUAUAUAAUCCGAUGCAUUGAAAGCUUUGACUUGCAUAUAUCAUCAUGUACAUUACACUCUAUACUGAUACUCACGACUUCAUCUCCGUCAAUGUACUAUUAUUUCUGAAGCCACCAUCCUGCAGCAGAC